AUGCUGAUUGGAUUCCUGGUGAUUUGGUACAAAAAGCAGAAACUCAAGAAGCACCAAAUCGCCACGACGGACUGGGCAGGGCCAACGCCAUUUUUGGAGACCGGGGAGGUGAAUAAUGGCAUUGUGCGAGGAGCUAGCAGGAUUUCUUUGGCCAGUUUCUUGCCGCAAAGGCUGUCGAAAAGGUUGUCGCUGUUGGCCGAAGAGAUGCCGGACAUGAACGAACUGAUGACCCCCUCCACUUUUGGGGUGAAAGAGGAGAAGAAAGUUGAGAAAAAUGGCGUUCAAGUCGACAAAGUUGAGAAAAACUAUGCAAAAGUUGACGGAAAUCUGAAUAAUUCCAACGAAGCGGUGGAAAACAAUGAAGUGCGGUGGUCGUCCUGCUGCGGGGCCCCAGCUCUGUGCCUGCUCCUGGGGGUCCUGCUGGAGCUGUCGGGGGCCCCAGUGCUGUCCGUCUGCCCAGGAGUGUGUCACUGCAGCUGGGGACAUCGCGUGGUGGACUGCUCCUCACGAGGCCUCACCAGACUGCCCCCUGAUCUCCAGCACAACAUAAGAUUCCUAAACCUCUCCUUCAACAGUCUCCACUCUCUGGACAGGCAGCUCAGCCACUACGCCCACCUCCGCACCCUGGACCUCUCCUACAACCGGCUGGAGACCCUGCCCUCCGCUCUGCCUCGCUCUCUCUGGGACUUCCGGGCCUCGGGAAACCACUUCCGAACCCUGGACAAGAACGACACGGCCUACCACUGGAACCUCAAGACCCUGGACUUAUCUGGCAACGAACUGGAGCGAAUCGUCUUCAUCAACAACACUCUCCCGGGUUUGCAAGUCCUCAACCUCAGCUACAACCGUUUCUGGACCGUGCCGACGAACAUGCCACACCAUUUGGAAAUCGUGGACCUUUCGCAUAACUUUUUGGUUCAGAUCUUGCCCGGGUCGCUGGAUAGACUGGCGAAACUGACCCGGUUUUUCUUGCAUAGUAACCGAUUUUCUUGGCUUCACGAUGGCGUCUUUGACAAGCUAUUAGCGCUGGAGGUUAUGACUUUAGGGGACAACCCGUGGGCGUGCGAAGAGGAGGAGAAUAUGACGAAAUUGAUCAAGUGGGCGGAGCUAACCCGCGCCGCCGUCCUGGGAUGCCCAUGCUACACCAAGGCCACGUGCGGGAGGUCGAGCGCCAACUGGGACCUCUUCACUGAGUCGCCGUUUUGGAUCGGCGGCGAAAGGACAGAGAUGGCCACGUCGAGCUACAGAACGAGGUCGGCCAUGUUUGAGAGCGAGAUUUUUCAGGACAAAAUGAACGACUCGGCGGGAGCCCUGGAGUUGACGAGUUCCAGGACGAGCACGACGGCAAAAGUGGGGACCAAGAGAACGCCCGAUUCGAGGAACGGCAUGUCUACGGCUACCACCCCCGCCAAAGGGUCGGAUCCGAAGCCGAAGGAGGCUGCAUCCCGCUCAUGCCCUGCGUCAUGCGGGUCUGCCAUCUCAGGCAGGGACCCUCACCCAAUGUGCAUAACCUGCAUGGGCGCUAAACACGCUCAGGCAGCGCUCGCUGACCGCGAGUCCUGCGGGUAUUGCUCAUCUAUGCCUGAGAAAAUAUUGGAGAGGAGGCUCAGAGUUGCGGUGGCUCAUCCCCAGGACCCGUUGCUGGCGGGGACCACCGAUAAACCCACAGCCGUCACUCAACAGCCCCGUAAGACUGAACUGUGGUCAGAUAUGCUGAAUGACGAUGACGCCGAUAUGCCGCCAUUAUUCGAGGACCUGCUCGAAGUGGACCCAGGCGACGAGGGCGCAGACGGCGAUGAUGCCGCUUCUGACUUCCUCGAGGCUGUGGACAUGGAUGAUGUGGAGGAGGACUCUACAUUCCCAGCGGCCCAGUCCCGACCCUCCAGCGCAUCUGAGGCUGCGACUCCCGUCGAUAGCAGCCUAUAUGAUGUGUGCAAGCGCGCUGCCGCCAAGCUUAACAUAACCUCGCCAGCCGCUGUAGAUGCGGAGGAUUGGGAAAGGGAUUUAUAUGACGGUAAACGGCUCCCGCCAGCGCAUCCACCUCCGAAGCAACUUCUCCCUGCUGUCAGCGCGUGCAUGAGAGAGGUGGGGAGGUUUUGGAAUAACCCACUUAGGAGCAAGCUUCCUGUACAGGGCUAUUCAAAGCUGGAGAUCCAUGGGAUGAAGGAGCUGGGGUUGGCCGAACCCCCAGCGGUGGUUCGGCCCUGGGCCGCAGAGGGGGGCAACCCAGCACCCUGGCCAGCAUUCCAACCAGCAUUCUGGCCAGCAGCAACGGCCAGGCAACUCCAGACCAUGGGGAAAACACUCCUAUGCUGCGGCUGCAGCAAAAAACCGCUCUUCUCAGCCCGGGGAGAGCAAAAAGAAGCGCAAUUCCUAGCAAUCAAGCUUCUUCACCUGUUCCCCCUCUGA